AGCAUGUAAACUGCUUAGUUUGUCUUGUCGAAUACAGUUAAUAAGUGAAGUCCUUUAUUGCUGAAUUUACGGAAGCGAAAAAAAUGAAUAAACGCCAUUUGCCUUAUCCUUUGGGCCCUUACGCUACAGGCAGUGUUGAACUGAUGACGGAAUAUAGUCCUGAAGGGUGCUUCUUCAGGAUAUUCUAUCCCAUAGACAUCUCCCCUGAAAAGUUAGACAAAUACUCGGACAAAUGGGUACCAUGGAUGCCGCAUGAAAUGUAUUUAAAAGGAUUUGCUAAUGCGAACAAAACACCGUUCUUCAUAUAUAAACACGGCCAAACUUUAAUAAGACAAAAACCGUAUUUUAUUCCGACUAUUAGUAAUGCACCAUUAUCACAAGCACAAAAAUCGUAUCCUUUGUUUAUAUUUUCCCAUGGAUAUGCAGCCACUAAAUUCUUGUGCUCAGAAUAUUGUAAUUCAAUAGCAUCCUAUGGCUUUGUAGUGGCCGCAGUUGAACACAGAGAUAAGUCUGCAGCCGCCACAUACUAUUACGAUUCACCAGAGAGCGUACUGAAUAAGAGUGAAACGUGGAUAAAGUACGAGUCUUUGUACAAAACCUAUGACGUACACCGUCAUAUAAUCAGAAAUAGCCAAGUAAAAAUCAGAUGCAAAGAAAUUUGUAAAGUCCUGGAUAUCUUGUCUGAAAUGAACAAUGGCGACCAUGUUACAAAUAUACUAAAUUCGCCGUUCGAUUUGACACAGUUUAAAGGUAAACUGAGUAUAGAAAAUAUAGUUAUGUCAGGGUUUUCUUUUGGCGGAAUGACAUCGAUAUACGCUGCGGCCAAUGACAACCGCAUAAAAGCUGCUAUUAUUGUUGACGGCUGGAUGUCUCCAUUAAAAUGUGUACCACUUAUGAGCAUAAAACAACCCAUAUUGUUUCUUAAUUCACAAACGUUUCACUUGCCAUCAAACGUAGCCAUGCUUCGCAAGUACUUUUAUUCCGAAGGAAUACGAGAGUUGUACACAAUUAAAAACACCUCACAUGAAAACCACACAGAUUCACCUUACAUUUGGGGUUACUGGUUAGGUCCGUUUAUGUGGAAUAAAAUGAACUCUACAAAGGUGUUGAGAAUACAAAGCAGUUUGACAGUAAAAUUUUUACAUGACCAUACAGGUUACCCAGAAAGCUGUGAAAAUGCAGAGGCGUACAUAAAAGAAAACCGUGAUAGACAUUUUGUCGACUAUAUUAUUUGUUGUGCCAAAAAGUACAGAACAAAAUCUGAUUUUGAUGAACUCGAUGAAGUUUAAUAGCCAAAUAAAAUAAGUUUUCUUGUAUAAAAUUUGAAAAAAGACCUUUAGAAUUGCAAUCAAGAAACAAAUAUUGUUUUUUUU